AUGUAUCCAUUAAAUCUCAAACCAAUACAGGGUAAACCAGCAAUAUGUUUGCUAUCAAAGGCAAAUACAGAUGAAAGCUGGUUAUGGCAUCGAAGAUUAUCACACCUGAAUUUCAAAGAUAUGAAUAAAUUGGUGCUUGGUGAUCACGUUCGAGGACUCCCUCUUCUCAAGUUCGACAAGGAACAUCUGUGUGCAGCCUGUGAGAUGGGUAAACAAAGCAGAAACAGCCAUCCUACGAGGAUCAAUACAAAGAUUGUUGAAGCUCUUGAACUACUGCACAAUGAUUUGUGUGGACCUUCGUCUAUCGAAAGCAUCGGUGGUAGUAAGUACAUACUUGUUAUAAUAGAUGAUUUUUCUCGUUUCACCUGGGUUUUCUUUCUUAAACUGAAAUCUGAAGCAACUCCCAAGUUGAAGACAUUUAUUAAGCAGGUAGAAGUGCAACUGAAAAAGCCUCUGAGAAAUGUCAGGAGCGACAAUGGGUUGGAGUUCAAGAAUAACGACUUAGAGGAGUUUCUAGCUGAUAAGGUGACCACUCACAACUUUUCAGCCCCGUUCGAUGUUAAAGCUGAUGAGGGCUUAUUUCUCGGUUAUUCACUCUCCUCGAAAGCUUACAGAGUCUUGAAUAAACGAUCUAAAAGGAUUGAAGAAACAUAUUACGUCACCUUUGAUGACAAUUACAUAAAGAAAGUUCAAAGAAACGAAAGUCUCUUAGGGGAAAAUUUUCCUACAUCAGGACAAGUCUCGGUUCCUAUAUCCAACCUGUUCGAGGAAUACAUUCGGUUAUUCGAUGAACCGGAGAAAGCGGCACACUCAGAGGCAAAAGUAGCAGAUAACAAAAUUGAUUAUCUCCAAAAGAUUAUUGAUGAUGCGGCAAAGGAAAUGACAAGUGACAUUCCCAAAUCUGCAGGAAAUCAAUCCUCAACUGACUCUCAAAUCAACAACUCAAUGUUCAAGGGGGAGAGCUCAUCUGCACCAAGUGCAAGCAAGGUAUCUUUCGAGGGGGAGAAUUCUACAUCGUCCCUAACUAACAAACGUCCACUUGAGGGGGAGAAUCCACCUCUCUCAGAGGAAGCAAACUUCGAUGCCACCUCUGGUUUCGCUUCGCCAGUCGAGGGGGAGAAAGGAUAG